UGGGCGGCCCGGGCCGAUGCAGGACGAGACCCUGGGCGUGGCGUCCGUGCCCUCGCAGUGGAGGGGCAUCCAGGGCAUCCGCGGGGAGACGAAAAGUUGCCAGACAGCCAGCAUUGCCACUGCUGAAGCGUCUGUGCAGGCCCGGAAGUGUGCUGAUGCCCAGGUGCAGACAGAGGCUCCUGUGCCUGUGGCUACACUGCCUGUGUCCCGGCACGACAGCCCCCGGCUUGCAGCCUUCCUCCGGAGGGUGGAGGCCACGGUCAUCCGGGAGCUAAACAAGAACUGGCAGAGCCACGCCUUUGAUGGCUUCGAGGUGAACUGGACUGAGCCGCAGGAGACGGUGUCGUGUCUGCACACCCUGGGCUACCCCCCAGCUCAAGGGCAGGGUCUGCACGUGACCAGCAUUUCCUGGAAUGCCGCAGGCUCCGUGUUGGCCUGUGCCUAUGGGCGGUGAGUGGCAUCAGAGGUGGUGGAGGGCAGUGGGAGACCCCAGGAUUCA